AUGUCCAAUCUCUCAUCAAGAGCAAGUCAAGAAUGCAUCUACGUCGGCGAAGGUAGGUCAGACCUCGUCGGCAUUGGUAUCAUUGUCAGCUUCGUCGGCCAGGCCACGAUCUCCCUCUGCCUCGCCCUCUGGGCCUUCUUCUUCUCCAAGAGCGGCUCCAUGGACGGCCACCACCACCCGGACAGCGUCGAGUUCGAGAUUGAGCAGAAGCGCCUCGAGUGCGUGUCCGACAUCCUCAUGGUUGGCAACGACAUCCAGAUUGUCAUUGGCACCUCGUAUAUGAUAUCGGUGUUUUCCUCUGCGAGCACCGUCUCCACGUAUCAUUUGCAUCUGGCCUUUGAUAUUGUCAGCUUCGUUGGCGUCUCCAGCGCCGCCGCCCUCGUCUGCUGGACCUACUGCACCCUCCGCCUCCACCAACCCUCCUCCCGCCCCGACUACGCAUCCCACCUCCUCACGCGGCACAUCGCUUGCCUCCGCUCCAUCCACUUCACCCCCCGCCACCGCGGCACCUACCUCUUCGCAGCAAUGUACCUCGUCCUCACCAUCCUCCUCGGCCUCAGCCUCGAUGCCUGGCAGCCCGACGCCCCUCCCGGCCGCUGCUACUUUGCCCACCUCGUCACCUCCCCGCAUGCGAACCACCCGGCCGAGGACAAUAUCUACGUCGCCUUCACCGCGGUGUGGAUGCUCCUCGUCAUGCUCGCCGCGGCCUUUUCCGGCGCGCGAUGGCGCCAUACGAUCCUCGCGCUGGCGUUCCUGCAGUUCCCCGUCCAUCUGUACAUGGCGCUGGCGUUGAGGGCCGCCAAUCAGGGGCAUCUCGUCGGGGACGAUGCCCGUGAGAAUCAGUGGGACUUUGGGCAGACGACUGCUGUUGUGCUGCUUGCCAUGGCGGCCAGGGAGCUCUUUGAUAAGGGCACUGAGUUUUACUUUUUCGAGCGGGAUUUGCGCAAAAGGGGGGUUCUGUUGCCUACGAACAGCGGCAAUAGCCAUGGCAGCAGUAGCAGGAGAAUGAAGAAGCGCAGAGACGGACGAGACGAUGGGGAGUAUGGCCAUAGCCAUCAGGAGCUCAGGGGGUCAUCCGGCAUGGAGGAAGAGACGGGGCAUCAUGGUCAGACUGUUCGGACUCAUGAUGAGCGUUCAACGACUCCUCUUGCGAUGCCGACAGUGAGAUGA